CAGCCCGGAGGAGGCGGUGGGGGCCGGCGGCUAUAAUAACAGCAAGGCCUGGAGGCGACGCUCCUGCUGGCGGCAAGAAAAAGUAAGAUGGUGGUGAAUGCCCACAUGUAUUCUUGUGCCUCCUUCCUACCCAUCCCAAGACACCACAGUCAAUGCCCCUUUUCCCAUCCUACCCCGAGGAAACACAGGGCUGCUGGGUUUCAAGCAUCCUUCUGCGACUGGGAGAUGAUGAUACAGUUGGCUGUGCAGAAAUGGAAGCAGCUGUCUCGACUACAGCGGAGUGUAAUUCUCUUCCUGUUUGCCUUCUUGGCAGUCUGUGGAGUCAUUUCAUACACAAGCAUGGGGGAACCGUGGAAAAGUCUAACAAACAAAUCCGUGGAUGAUCAGAGAACAGAACCAGAAAUUCCUGGAUUAAAGCUGGCAAAUCCAGCUGUUCUACCAGCACCCCAGAAAGCAGAUGCCAACCUUGGAGACUACGCAGAGCUUUCACCUCAGAAGCCGCCAAAACCGCCUCAUGUUUGGCGUGGUCCUUCCAAUCUUCAGAUCAAGCCACCACGGAGGGAUGUGAGGCUGAAGACCCGACAUGAUACCAGCAGGGUUGUAGAAGAGCAGGUCCAGGCUGAUAAAGAAGAGAAAACAGAGAAAUCCAUUAUCAGCUGGAGAGGAGCAGUGAUAGAACCUGACCAAAGCACUGAACCUCCGUCUAGUAAAAUAAAGGAACCAGAAAAACCUUCAUCUGUGGAAGCUGAAGACCAGAAGGAACCAGUGCCCAUAAACGAACGUCAGAUGGCUGUGAUAGAAGCCUUCCGCCAUGCAUGGAAAGGAUACAAGGAUUUUGCCUGGGGCCAUGAUGAACUGAAGCCUUUGUCCAAAUCCUACAGUGAGUGGUUUGGACUUGGGCUUACCUUAAUUGAUGCCUUGGAUACCAUGUGGAUUUUAGGCUUAAAAGAAGAGUUUGAAGAAGCAAGAAAAUGGGUAGCAAACGAUUUAGUAUUUGAUAAAAAUGUGGAUGUGAACCUCUUUGAGAGCACUAUUCGUAUCCUGGGGGGCUUGCUGAGCACCUACCAUCUCUCUGGAGAUAGCCUCUUCCUGGAAAAAGCCAAAGACAUUGGGAACAGGCUUAUGCCAGCGUUCAAGACCCCCUCCAAGAUACCAUAUUCUGAUGUCAACAUUGGCCGGGGCACUGCACAUCCACCUCGUUGGACAUCUGACAGCACUGUGGCAGAGGUGACCAGUAUUCAGCUGGAGUUUAGGGAGCUCUCUCGUCUUACUGGAGAUGAGAAAUUCCAGAAAGCUGUAGAUGAGGUGAUGAAGCAUGUUCACACCCUCUCAGGGAAAAAUGAUGGACUAGUGCCUAUGUUCAUAAACACCAAUAGCGGGCAGUUCACUCACUUGGGUGUCUAUACUCUGGGAGCCAGAGCUGACAGCUACUAUGAGUAUUUGCUCAAGCAAUGGAUUCAGGGUGGGAAAAAAGAAAACGAGCUGUUGGAAGACUAUAUGAGAGCCAUAGAAGGAGUGAAAAAGCAUCUUCUUCAGAAAUCACAACCCAAGGAGCUUACUUUUGUAGGAGAGCUUGCUCACGGCCAUUUCAGUGCCAAGAUGGAUCACUUGGUUUGCUUUUUGCCUGGUACUUUGGCACUGGGAGCUCACAAUGGAUUGACUGCUGACCACAUGAAAUUGGCUGAAGCCCUUAUAGAAACCUGUUACCAGAUGUAUGCUCAAGUAGAGACAGGCCUGAGUCCAGAGAUCGUACACUUCAAUCUUCAUGCACAAAAGGGCCACAAAGAUGUGGAAAUCAAGCCUGCAGACAGGCACAACUUACUGCGACCAGAAACUGUGGAAAGCCUUUUUUAUAUGUACAGAUUCACCGGUGAUAAAAAAUACCAAGACUGGGGCUGGGAAAUCUUGCAGAACUUCAAUAAAUACACACGGGUUCCUACAGGUGGUUAUACUUCCAUUAACAACGUCCAGAAUCCCAGUAAUCCAGAGCCACGAGAUAAGAUGGAGAGCUUCUUCCUUGGGGAAACACUCAAAUACAUGUUUCUGCUGUUUUCAGAAGACAUAGACUUAAUCAACCUCGACAAAUACAUAUUUAACACAGAAGCUCAUCCACUCCCUAUCUGGGUGCCAGCAUAGACUGGGUGUCAGUAGAUAUUCCAAUGGUGGCAUUCUUAUCUUCAAGUCACUUUACUUUUCAGGGUUUGAGGAGAGAUGCUAUAUUGCACCUUUUUUUGGCUUAAAACAAACAAAACCUUUGGGAAGGCAUCUCUGGUUUGGAGAAGUCCUGUCAGUCUUAAGUCUAAUUCCUGGUCGUGGGAUGGACAAGCUGUGCCAUGCUAAGCUGGUUUUCCUGGUAUUGAUGAUGAGGUUCAGCGAAUAAUUGUAGUGUGCACUGUGACAUUCACGGUGCUCUGGUGAACCAGAACUCACUUAUGUCAGUCUUACUAAAUGCUCAUUAAAUAUCGGGAAUGCAGCAAGUUGUCUUACAGCACAGGAUUGUCCCUGGAGAGAAGGAAUAAGCCUACAGGUUUCUGUUUUUUUCUGGAUUGACUGAAACACUCAGUUACAGUGCCAUUCCUUCAUAAGAAUGUAUGGUGUUUCAGGUGGUAAGCGGAAUAAACAAAGAACUGUAAUGUUGUCCCAGUUAGAAGCAAUGCUGUCAGUAUUGCUACUGAUACUCUGAUCUCAUUCCAAACUACCGAGCUAUGCUGCAUCACAUUAGAAGAAGGAAGUGGGAGCAAAGCAUCUGUUGUACAGUGUCUUAGUUUUAUAGAGCGCUUUGAACAAUCUGUUCAAGCUGUGGCUAAAAUGAAUGAUGGAAGAGAAUCCGCUGCUGGUUUGGCUCAAAGUGGUAUAUAAUUUUGUAGAGGUAUUGCAGUUUUUUAACUUAUCUGCAGGAAUGCAGGAUAUAAUGUGAAACGCAAAUGAAACUACACAUGCAUUUUAUAUAUUAUUUGCAUCAGUUAGACUCAGGUAUUCUGACUGAAAGCUGCUUUCUGAGGUUGGGCACUGGGAAAGCUUGUGAGCACAUUGGGUAUAAUUCUAAGUCAGCCUCCUUCCGUCCCUUCCUGUCCAGAUAUUGCAUUGUGUUUGUUGACUCAAAACAAGCUUACAACUGUACAGCAAAGUUCAUGUUAUUCAUCAUUUUUUGGACUGUGGAGAAACUUUAAAUUUUUUUUUUUCCUAAACAGUACUUUGGGUAGAAGUGUUUUCAUUAGUAGUAUUAAAAGCAGGCAGUCUAAAUGUAUUGCAACAGUUUCUGGUCCCAAUAGAACUAGUGAAAUCUGUUCAGUUGCUUGAAGACAAAGCAGACCUAGUUUUUUUAAGAAUCUUAUGGGAGCCCUGGGAUCUUAUGUGCAAAUAGAUUUUAAACCAUGAAUUUAGAAAUCGACUUUCUAUAGUGCUUUUCAUUUUGGUUUUGUAGCUACUUGGACAGUCCUGUAUUCACAGAUAAGUUCUCAGAAAUGUGCUUGUUCAUAUUUCUUAAAAGAGGUUGUUCUCACCAAAAUGUCCUUUCCCCUCACAUUAAUGGGAGUGGUGGGAAGUAUGCAGAUGCGUGGUAGGAACAGUGAGGUACAGUUGCCUCUAAAUUCAGGGCCGCUACACAGAGCUAAUUAAAUCUGACUGUAACGGUUAAUUUUCCAGUGGCUGAGGGGGGUAUGUGUAUUUUAUGGUAUUUGUAAAGUAAGAUGCAUCUUUAUUUGGUUUAUGCUGAUAAUUCUGUUUGCUGGAGUCAGAAGUUACCCUUGGGACCACUAUUUAAGUCUUUUAAAGAAUAUUUAUCAUUCCGUGUGCUAAUGAUGGCUUAUGGAAAUGGAGAAAUUUUACAAAUUAUUUAAAUGUACCUUUUUCUGUCACCAAAGGCACCCUGGGAUUUGCAAGACAUGACAAGUUUCUGCAGAAUGUUAAUGUUCCUCCAGUUCACAUGCCACCAGUAACCCUGGAAAUUAGUUUCUUACUUAUGUGUACAGUGGAAUCCAGUAGCUGUAGUCUUUGUCUGCACAACUGAUUUGCUCCUGAGACUUUUGUUUUCUUUGACAUAACAGCAAAGAAGGAAAAUGCUGUUGAAAUGUGGGAGGAAGCACCUUCAGUGUUUUUGUUUGUGAGGCAGGUUCAUGCUUCUGAGGAGCUGAGCUUUGGCUAAAAGCUGAAGGCUUAAAACUGGAGAUAAAAAAAAGAAAAGAAAAAAA